AUGCCAAUCGACACAAAACGCAAAGCCGAAAACGAAGAGCCUCGAGCUGACGGCUCUGACUACGACAGCGAUCGCUCGGAAGAGCCUGACUUCAUCAAUGUCGACUUUGACUUCCGGGCGCCUGAAGAGAUCGACUUCCUCGCGCUAAAGCGACUCUUGCAACAGCUCUACUAUACACACAAUACCAAGCUCGACCUGUCGUCAUUAGCGGAUCAUAUCGUAAAUUCUUCCACCUCGCAAGGCGUGGGUACUACGAUUAAGGUCGUUGAUGAUGAGGACCAGGAUCCUUACGCUUUCGUCUCUGCCAUCACGCUCUCAAGCGAGAAGAAAGAAGGAUCGGAAGCGGCCAACAGCUUGACCAAGUACCUGCUUGAAGUUUCUUCCAAGCCUUCAAGCAAGUCUCUACACGACGUGAUCAAGAGUGCAGCAUCAAGCACAUCGACAAAUGCACCCAUCAUCGCAGUGCUGCACGAACGUAUGGUCAACAUGCCUCCUCAGGUCGCACCACCUCUGUACAAGAUGCUGCUCGAAGAGGUCCGCGCUUCGAUUUCUUCCAUCUCUUCAGCGACGCCUUGGCACUACCUGUUCUUCUCGCGCGUGUUCUCUGCGGAUGCAUUCUCGGAGGAGGAAGCGAUGGAUGAGGACGACGAUGACGAGCCCUCAGGUUUGGCAGGCGCAAGGAAGAGGAAAGCUAAGCUUGCUCGUAGGGAGGCUAAGAAGGCGGGAGCUAAGAAGGAUGCUCCCAAGGCACGCGGUAUUUCGGAUGGUAUGGCUCUCGGUGGCCCUUCAGCUGAUGAGGAGUUGGGUCUCUUCCACCCUGAAGAUAUUGCUAUUUCCAAGGCGGCGAGUCAUUCCUUGACCUACCGAUUCCCACCACCUCCAGAUGCUUCGGACAGCUUCGAGGCUCCGCUUUUCGGUCGCAUUGCUCUUGUACCUGCUGAAAAGAUGGACUCGCUUUUGCAACAGAUCGAAGCCGAUCUGUCUGCACCUAUGCCACAGUAA